GUUACCCCUCAAUCUUUUUUUACUUUAUUUAUAAACGCGAAGGUCGUUACUCAACACCACUCGGUAUUACAGCUAUUCGCAAAUAUGGCGGAACCAAGUAAAGAAAUUCCAACCGACCCCGCCAUGGCAGCUGGUGGGGCCCCACCUACCGGUGAAGACCCCGCACAACCCUCUAAGAAAGGAGCAAAGAAAGCAGAAGCCAAAGCCAAGAAGGAAGCAGAAAAGGCACGCAAAGCCGCCGAGCAAGCUGCUAAACAAGCUGCCGCUGGAUCUGCUGCCGCCGAAGAUCUUGCGAAAGAUAAUUACGGACAAAUUAAACAUACCACUAAGAUUGAAGCCGAAAGUGUACAUCUAAGGGAGAUCGGAGAACAGCACAUUGGCAAGACAAUCAAGGUUCGCGCAUGGAUUCAAAAUGCACGAAUGCAAGGAGCAAAGAUGGCGUUCGUCGAGCUGAGAGAGGAGGGCAACUGGACAGUCCAGGGUGUUGUGAGUGCCAGCGCGGAGGGGAAGCCAGUUAGCAAACAAAUGGUCAAAUGGAUUGGAGGGUUAAAGUUGGAGAGUUUUGUUGCGGUUGAGGCUGUUGUGCAGAAACCAUUGGAGCCCGUUAAGAGUACAAAGGUUUCGAAUUUCGAAUUGCAUCUCGGAAAGGUUUACUUAGUAGCUGCAGCGCCCGAGAUGUUGGGAUUGGGAUUAGGACCAGCGAGCAGAGCUGUAGGCAAGUUGGAUGAGGAAGAAGAUCUUAGUGAAGCUGCUGCCGGUCUCAGUGUCACAGAAGGCACCCCAACAGCCAGUCUGGCCUCCCACCUUAACAACCCCGCUAUGCACAAACGAGCACCUGUCAGCCAAGCUAUCGCUGACAUCCGAAUCGCUGUCGAGGACUACUUCUGCGACUAUCUGAGAAGCCAUCGCUUCAAGAAAUUUCACCCUCCUUGCUUGAUCGGAGCUGCUUCCGAAGGCGGUGCAAAUGUAUUCAGAAUGCCAUACUUCGAUAAAGAAGCUUAUCUCGCCCAAUCCCCACAAUUCUACAAACAAUUUGAAAUCGCCGGAGGCCGAAAGAGAGUCUACUGUGUUGGACCUGUUUUCCGUGCAGAGAAUUCAAAUACUCCAAGACACAUGACCGAGUUCAUUGGUCUUGAUUUGGAGAUGGAAAUUGAUGAACAUUAUCACGAAGUUUUGCACAUGCUCGAAGGUGUCCUUCUCUUCAUCUUCCGCAACCUUGCCGAGAACUACCGUGAAGAAAUUGAGCUUGUCCGCUCAAUUUACCCAUCUGAAGAAUUCCUUCUUCCCGAAGCUGGCAAGGAAGUCCGUCUUACUUUCGCCGAAGGUCAAAAGCUUCUUCGCGAAGAAGGCCCCGAAGAAUUUAGAAAUGUUACCGACACUGAAGAUAUGAGCACACCCCAGGAAAAGGCCCUCGGAGCACUCGUUCGUAAGAAGUUUAACACCGAUUUCUAUGUCCUCGACAAGUUCCCAGUCGAUGCCCGUCCAUUCUACGCGAUGCCGGAUCCCGAAAAUCCUGCCGUCACCAAUGCAUAUGAUUUCAUGAUGCGCGGACAAGAAAUUUUGAGUGGUGGUCAACGAUUACAUUUACCAGAGCAACUGGAGGAAGUAAUUAGAUCCAAGGGCUUGGACCCCAACCAACCUGGUAUCAAAGAAUAUGUCGAUGUAUUUAAGAGUGUCGGUGUACCACCUCACGGUGGCGGAGGAAUUGGUCUGGAUAGAGUUGUGGCUUGGUAUUUGAAUUUGCCAAGUGUGCAUUUGGUUUGCGAUUACCCAAGAACACCAAAGAGAUUAAGUCCUUAGAUUUGUCCUUUGAAGAAUAUAAGAUUCGAGAAUGGCAUUUUUUUUGAAGAUACACAGAGUUCACCAAACUUAGAAUCAAGCUAUGUGUUUCCUAUUGCCAACGCGUGACGAUAACCUUGAAACAAUAAUUGAAUCAUCUUCGGCAUGGAACAUUAAUAGACAGACUACAACAAGAAUCACCAAGAGCUCAGUAAUUCUUGAGUAAAGGAAAGAUUAAUGAACAGCUCGAAAUUUCCACUACGCUUAUUGGGCCCUGAAUAAAGUCAAUAUUUACAGGAACUUCUUCGAGAAGCGCUCUCGUGUUCGCUCGACAUUCUAAUGUUAUAAUGUACUGUGAAUACCCAAGUUGAUAUUAGUAUCGCUAAAAGGAUUUAAUGGAUCGUGACCCUAUUUUCGCAAUCUGCAAGGCAAAUAAGCAUUUCACUCGUACCGAUUCCAUCGACUCACAUGCAAAUUGAUGAUCUCAUUAUUUUUGAAAGUCAAAGUGGAGAAUGGCCAACCCCUCGCUUAAUGUCUACUUUGCAACACGACACAAAUACGCAAACGAACCUUCCAGCAAACGCCCACAUACCCCCGAUCCAAUUUCUCGAGAGCGCAAGUUUUCUUUUGUAAAUGUAUGGGGCGCUUCUUCACUGCACCUCGCUUAGCAAUUCGUCGUAUAUACAAUUCGAUUGGUGACGCUGUGUUGAUUAACAAAGCGAAAACUGGGGGUCGAACGAGUGGAGAACUGCGGCGAUUUGUGUUAAUUCCAAUAUGUUAAUACUUUUUGUGAUAAAUAGCUUGGAGGUGUUAGCGAUUGGGGUCAAUGAUAUCUGUAGAUUAAAUCUUAAACUCCUUAUGAUGGGUUUGGAUUUGUUUGUAGGCGGAGUUUUGUUUUAUUUUUAUUUUAUUUUUUCCACCCUUAUUUACUUAAUGGUAAUAAGGGGGAGUGUUUUCAUCUCUAUUAUUCUGGAGUUACUGGCUACUGGUAUCUUUCACUCUUUCUGUUUGCCCGGAGAUCUUGUGUGCGGGAAGAGUGCAUUUCUGUUCAUUGGUUUAAAUGUUGUUGGGCAGGAAAGAGCAGAAAUCACCGAUACA